AAAAAAAAAUACUUCCCGGCUGUGGAAAACUGGGCAAAUAAUGUCACCAACAUAAGCCUCUGCCCUCCCUUCUGAAAAAUGAGUGUAACCAAUAACCGCCUCCAGGCUUGUUAUGAGGAUUAAAUGAGCCGGUUCAGGGGAAGUAGAUGGCACAUGGAAUUGGUUCAUAGUAACGAUGUCAGAAACAGACGUUACUGUUAUCAUAGUCAGAGAGGCUGUUUUCCCAAACGCCUUGUCCACCUCCAAAUCAUAAAAUGAGUUCCCAACUUGCUGUUUGGUGGCCAGCAGCGUCCUCUUGAACUUCUAUUCUUCAAGUUAAAGAAGCAACGAUGGAAAAACCACCCACGUGUUAGGCGGACACAGGUGGACACCAUGUGUCUCCUUGGAUUCGUGCACACCUUGAGAUCCCAUAAACCGGCAAUGAACUUGGCAAGUGGUCGAACUUGACCGCUGAGUAGGUUCAACGUGGAGACAGCGGAUUUCCAGCAGGAGGCGCCUUUGUCCUUAGCUGGCUUCUGGGACACCCGACCCCUGUUCAUUGUCUCAGGGGUUGAGCUUCAAAGAGUUGGACGCUCACGUAAGAAGGGGCGCCUCCCGGCGUGACCUCUCUUGGAAUUGAAAACAACCUCAAGUUGGGAGGGGGCGGGCUAGCUCUUCCAUCUGCGUUUAGGACUCACGUUUUUGGUGGUGUGGCUGAGAUCAGCCCUCUAGUUCUGGGGCCAGGCCGCGCGGUUCCAGGGCAAACCUCCAGGCAGGGACGGAGGCGCAGGUGAGAGGCGUCCGCGCGGGGACCGAGUUCACGCUUCGGGAGCCAGGGCACCGGGACUCCCGGCACAGGCGGGCCACUGGUCGGGGCGGGAGGGCGCCAGCGCCGGAGAGUGACUCGCCGGGAAAGUGCUCCACAAAGCUGGGAAUGCGCCCCUGCAGGGAGAAUACCUGGCGCGGUGCAGGAACCCGGAACCCGGAACCCGCUCCACCCAGCCAGGGGCACGGGCAUGCGGUCAGGAGAGCGCCCCGGUGACCAGGAAAGGCGGGUGGGGAGCCCUGCGGAGGGCGUGAGCCGGCUCGCUUUAAAACAACUUGCUUCCUCCUUGAGCCUGCCCUACCUCCACCCAUCGCUCACCUCCGAGAGCACUACCACCCCGAACUCGGCCCAGGUGAGAAGAGGAAAGUUUUUGGCCAGACCUCUCCUCAGCUGCAGCUGUGCACGCAAGAUGCCUGGAGUCUGCGUGGAGCCAUCCUUUGAGAGUUCAGCAGAUGAUUUUUUAAUGUAGCGCUAGAGAUUUUCUUUAGUGCACAUAAAGGGUUUUUGCUGCUGCUGCUGCUGCUUUUUAUUUAUUUAUUUUCUUCCUUUGACCCGGGCCUUGCCCUGCUCUUGCGGACAUGAUGGCCCACUCCAAGGCCAACGGCUCCCACCACGCCCUGACUGCCAUCGGCCUGGGGAUGCUGGUCCUCGGGGUCAUCAUGGCCAUGUGGAACCUGGUCCCUGGCUUCAGCAGUGCGGAAAAGCCGACGGCUCAGGGGAACAAGACUGAGAUAGGCGGAGGCGGCGGCAGCAUCCUCAAGAGCAAGACCUUCUCCGUGGCCUACGUGCUGAUCGGCGCAGGGGUGAUGCUUCUGCUGCUUUCCAUCUGCCUGAGCAUCCGAGACAAGAGGAAACAGCGACAGAGCGAGGAACUGGCCCACAUCCAGCAGCAGGCUGGGGCCACGCCUCACGUCCAGGAGGAGGACAGCCAAGAGGAGGAGGAAGAGGCCUCCUCGAGGUACUAUGUCCCCAGCUAUGAAGAAGUGAUGAACACAAACUACUCGGAAGCCAGGGAGGUGGAGCAGAACCCCAGGCUGAGCGUCUCUCUCCCAUCCUACGAGUCCCUCACAGGCCUUGACCAAACGACCCCCACAAGGGCUGAGGUAGAGCCAAGCCCCUCGAACCCCCCCAACAGACAGAACUCCAAGUUAGCCAAGCGCCUGAAGCCGCUGAAGGUUCGCAGGAUCAAAUCCGAGAAGCUUCACCUCAAAGACUUUAGGAUCAACCUCCCGGACAAAAACGUGCCCCCUGUCUCGAUUGAGCCGCUGACGCCUCCGCCACAGUAUGCCGAGGUCCAGGAGAAGGCCCCGGAUGCCCGGCCCCCCGACUGACGGCCCCUCUCCGGCCGUGCCCUCUGCCUCCUGCCUCACACAGUCCUCACUGCACACUGCGGUGAGCCGCGUCGAGCCCAGUGGAGACACACACUUGGCCACUGGGAAAGGGGAUUCUGUGAUGGACGGGACUGAGGAAGGCCCAGGACCCUCCGCGGCAGAUGCGGCCGAAGAGAGCUGUCUGGGUGCAGUCCAGGGUGCGGCAGCGACUUCUUCACAUCUUCCUGCCCUGAUGCUGAAUCCAUCCCUGGCGACGCCCUCCGCCUUUGAGCGAGGAAAGGAUGCGUCGCGGUGUGUUUAGAUUGUGGCUGUUGUCUUUUGCUUCUACCGUGACUGUUUUUUUCCAGAAGAAAACAAGUUGUGCAUUUCCUCUCUUUCCUGCAUCCUGAAGUGGGCGCAGAGCGAGAACCUGGCCCAGCUUUGCGCCCAGGCCGCGGAGCCACUUGGUGCAGAAAGCCGUUGAGUGGAGGGUGGACCCGGGUGACGGCUCUCUCGGGGUCCCUGAUGCUGUCGGUUCUGUGAGGGCCUUGGGCCUGAUGAACUCAGGCACGUGAUGUGUGUGAUGAUAUCUCACUGGUACAAUUUCCUAGUGGUCCCUUCUGCGUGUCAGCAAAACAGAAGGCUGUAGCCACUCCCCUCCUUCUGAAAUGCCAUGGGACUGAGCUUUUUAUAAUAAAAUAUUUUCUAUGUAGUACA